AUGCACCCGUCUCCCACCAAGGCGUUGCCGUCGUCGCUCGUCCAGUCGACCGAGUCUCAUCCGGAGCGGGCGAGAAAGGCCACGCCGACGCUUCUGCCGGCCUUCGGCGAUGAUGGCCCCUUCUCCUCCUCGCCCUUCCCACGCCCCUCGCCCUCAAAACGCAAGUUUGAACAAGACUCGCCCACCUUCCCCAAGCAGCUCAAGUACUACCCCACUCCGCAGCCCACGUCGUCGACCAACAUUAUUUCCUCGUCCCCCCGCCAUGCCCGGCCGGGCUAUGAACGCUCCUUCUCUGCCCUGUCCGAGCGGACACCCCUCGGCGCUGUGCCCACGGUACACCUCCCUGCCGACGGCGACAUCCUGCGCAUGGGACGCAGUUCGAACACUUCCGACUACCAGCUCUCUACCAACCGCCUCAUCUCGCGUGUUCAUGUGCAGGCUGCUUACCACGCCCCAAGCCCGCUAUACCCCCAUGGCUACAUCGAAGUCGAGUGUCUGGGCUGGAACGGAGCAAAGAUUCACUGCAAGGGCCGCAUCUUCGAGCUGACCAAGGGCGACACGUACAUGUCGGAGAACCCCGAGACGGCCAUUAUGCUCGAUGUCCAGGAUACCCGCGUCAUGAUUGCCUGGCCAUCCGUCCCCACUCCCAAGCUGUCAUGGGAGUCAGAAGAGGAGGGCAUGCUUACGCCUACCCGUCGCCGUGCUCCCGAAAACUUCGACUCCAGUCCUCCCGUCGCUCCACGGUCGCCCGUGUCCCAAAGCCCUAUUCGCCGCUCCGCUUUCCCCGGUCUUGGCGCCAACGGCCAGCCCGGGCCCGUCCAAGUAUUCGAAGAUGCCGAUGUCAGCGAACGCAGCCCCAGCCUCAUCACUCCCAACUCUGCAGACCAAACCUUUAUCCGCCCUUCUCUUCCCGACCUCAAGUCGAGUUGUGAAGCAGACACUGCUGUCGACCUCAAAGCCAGCGUCAACUACGCUGCGGACGAUUUCUCCGACAACGAUGAAGAAAAUGAUCCGGUCGUGCACUCUUUCGGUCCUUUUGGCCAGAACCUCCUCAGCGGCCUUGCGUCAUUCGAAGCAGCCACGCCGGCACAGUCCAACAACCCUCGUGUACGUGCGCCAUUGGUAUCGCCUUCUCCGAAACGCCGCUGCGCAGAGCCCAUCCGCUUCAAAGAGUCGCCCAUCAGGAAUCACGUCAUCAACCAGCUAGCCUUCUCUCGCAUCCAUUCCCAGCCCCUGUCCGCCAUCCACACUAACCUUCCAGCUGAGCUGAAGGCAUGCAUCACAAAAGGCACAGAAGACCAAGACGCAAAGAGCAGCGGAGCCUCGACGCCCCUUCCUCAACUAACCCCACAGGACCUCAAGAGGAUCCUGGAUGAAACUCCCUGUGUUGGAGAGAUUCCUCGUGCUGGCAAGGACGCUGCUGGCCAGCCCCUUGAGAACGAGUUUUAUUAUGUCCCAGAGAUGGACACUAAUCAGAUGAGACGUGAGACCAUCACUGCCGGUACCCGCAGCACUGGCCUGCGAUCCGUGAGAAAGACGCACAAGCAAUACUACUGGAAAAAGCCUCGCGUGUGA